AAGGUUAUAUAUGCUUUGAUAGAUUGAAAUUUUCCAAAAACAGGGCUUACAAAAAAACAAACAAAAACUAGGGUUUAGUACAAGGAAUCCAGAGAAGACAAUGUCCUCGGCAUCACCUCUCAUGGUGCUCGAUUGAGAAAUUGGAGUUUCUCUUUAGCCAUCUAACGAAUGCUCUUUUCAUGAAACAAAAGCGAUGGCCGCAGAUGUAGUGCUGAAAGACGAAUCCGUGUCUCUCUGCUGUGCGGUGUGGAAAGAGAAAUGCUCAAAAUUGAAUGAGCAACGUAAGGCUCUUAGGCAAGCUGUGAGCAUUUAUGAGCAACAACUUGAAAAAUCUGAAGCUGAGAAUCGCAAUCUGAAGAAAGCGACAGAAGAAGAAAGACUGCUGGCAGAAAUUUUAAGAGAUGAGAAAGCGAAAGAAUCGGCUAUUCGAGUUUCUUUGGAGAAUGAGAUUUCUGCUCUGAAGUCUGAGAUUCUUUCAUUGCAGCAAAAAGCAGGUCCACAAGGUCAAGAUAUGGAAAGGGAAAGAAUGCUUCUUCAAACGCGUGUUUCAGAAGGGGAAACAGAAAUAAAUCAACUCAAGGAGGUUCUUGCGAAAGAGAGAAUGAGGGCAGAUUCUGAGAGGAAGAAAGCUGAGGCAGCGAAGAAGAAAGCUAAUGAAGCACAGAAAAGUGUAAAGGAAGAGAAAAAUAGGGCUGAUGAGGAAAAGAGACUUGCCAAUAUCGAAAGAGAAAAGGCUGAGGAAACUAGACUUCGGUUGGAGACGUUAAAUGGUGAAGCCGAUGAAAUGAGAUCAAAAUUGGUUCUGGAGACACGUAAGUCUGAAGAGGCAAGGAAGAAGCUUGAGGUAGAAAGACAAAAGACAAUCAAAGAGAAAAAACGUGCAGAUUUGGAGAUGACCAAGGCAGAAGAGCAAAGGAAGCUUGCAGAAAUGAAUAGGAAGAGGGAAAUGGAUGAAAAAUGUCGUGCUGAUAAGUUUUCUCAGCAGUUGGAAGAGCAUAAACGAGAGAUUGAGAAACUACAGAAGGAGAUAUAUGAACUUGUAUCGUCCAGAAAAUUGGUUGAAGCUGCUGCUUGCUUACCUGAUAAACAGACGAUUGUUGAUACUGAAAAGGCAAGCAAAAUGCUUGGGAAAGAAAAGCAGAUGGCAACUAGAGAGAAAAAACAUGCGGGCUCAGAGAUUAGCAACACAGAAAAGCAGAAAAAGAUUGCAGAGGUGAAUAGAAAGAAGGCCAUGGAAGAAAAGCAUCGUGCUGAUCUGUUAGCUCUACAGUUAGAAGUUAAUGAAAGAAGGAUAAAAGAACUGCAGAAGGAGAUAUUUGAAUUUCAGUCUUCUAAAACAUUGGUUGAGGCUCCUGUUGAACCACCUGAUAGAAUUGUGAAUGCUGAAACUGCUAAAAGGAAGCUGCUGAAAAAGCAAUUGAGGUUUGAAAAGAUGCGAGUAGAGCAUGCCAAACAAGUGAUGAAACUGGAAAUGGGUCGUAAUAAUAUUCUACGACAAGAACUGCGCUGCUUAAAACAGGAAUUAAUUCAAUUUUCACUUCGCCUGGAGAUACUGGAUAAGAGCUUCUUGCCCGGUGAUGAAGGUAUAGAUGAUCUGGCAAAGAUUGGCUGCCUCUCUAAUACGCAAAGCUUAAAUUUGAAGAAGAAAUCUUUUGCUGUAGAACCAUGUCAGAUGAAACAUUGUGUUGAAAAUGAGAUUGUAAAGUCUAGUUGCAGAAAAGUAGAUGCCUCUGUCAAGCAAACUGUAGAAUGUGCUGCACCAUUGCUCCCUAUUUCUGGAGGGACCUGUAGUCAAUCCAUCUCAGGUAUUGAUUCUAAAUUGGAGCCUCUGCUUAGAGGUUCUAACAGAAAAAUCUUACAGAGUUCCGCCAUAAAUUCCAGCAUGGCAUCUUUUUCUGAUAGGCCGUUGAUGGGCUCACAGGAAAGAGGGAGUUUUUCUCUCACUGCAUCAGCUAAUUUUUCUGAAGAGAAAUCAAGUUUACAGCCAUCUAUUUCCAGUAUAUCUGGUGAAGUUACGGAGCUGAGGUACAAUGGAAAUCUUGCAAUGGUGGCUGAAAAUAGUGUUGGAAGCCCCAUUAACGUAGAUUCUGCUGGGAGGAAGGUUGGCCAUGGUAAGAAGAGAAAGAUAAUCCUUGAUGCAGUUGAAUCUGUUGAACAUAUGUAUUCUGAGCCUAAGAAGUUGCAUCUGCAGAAAGAAGAAGAGAAAUGUUCUGUGUUGAAAGGUAUGUUAAAUAGUCAAAUGGAUAGAGCCUUGGAAGAGGAAAGGUUCAUGGUCGCUAACCUACAAGGCAAUUUAUAUGCUAAGGACAUUUCUUACAAGAAGAGAAAGGCAUCUCCUGGCAAGGAAGUAACUAUCCAUUAUGUGCAUGAAUCAGAUGGGCAAAAGGAUGGCACUGAAGAUGGUAAUAUUUGUGUCGAAUCUUCCCCGUGCUCCAAUAAGUUAACAGGAGGUGCUCAGACAUGCAUGGAUGGUAUACUUGAUAAUGCUGAGAAUAAUCAGGAAAUAUGGGGAAAUUUUGAGAAUGUUGCUAAUGGAGACUAUAUGAAAUUGCUUGACUUGGAUAGUGCUGUUGACGAAGAAUGUUACCGUGUAGCAACUGAAAUUCCGUUAUCACCUACUCUUCCUGAAAUUGAAUUUAAAAGUAACGAGGCAUUUGUAGUUGACGACUCUAUGUGGUUAGUAGAUGGCAGUUCAUAUGGGGAAUUUUCUAGUGAAAAGGACAAUCUGGUGCCUUCUUGCGGCUUUGAUGUCAUCAAUGUGGAGAUUGAUUCCAAUAAGUUCAAAUCUAAUGGUACCUUUGGGACUUCUCCAUUAUUGCAUGGGAGUGAUGGUUUCGAUAAUUCUUUUGAGAGUUUAGAGAAUAGUGAUAAUUGUAAACAUAACAUCACGUAUGUGGGCGAUGCUUCUGUUUGCCAGAUUUGGGACUCAGGUACUGAGUUGGGGAUGUCAGAUACAACUAUGUCUGAAAAUAUGGAGCCAAAGAUUUCACAUGAAAGUGAACUUAGAUUUGUACGUGAUAAUCUUCCAAAAUUCUGUGUUGUGGUUUCAGAUAUCAAGGACAGUUGCAGCAUUUCUAGGAUAUUUUGUGCCACCAGAACGUGCAUGGCUCAGUGCUCUAUUGCAUCACAGUCAGCUCAGGUGGUGCAAAAGAUUUUGUCUGCUCUUCUUGAGAUUAAAGAUCUUUUACCCAGGGAGAAGGUUUGUGUGUUCUUUUCACUGCUUUUGAACAAUUUCUCUGGGAUUGCUUUGGGGAACCUUGGAAACUUUCUAAAGAGUGAUUCUGUCCUCUUCUUAGAUUCUUUCGCUGAAGAAAUUAGUGCAGUGAUGUCUGAUGUGGAGAAAAGAAGCAUGUUCGCAGAAUUAUGCCACUUGGACGAUCUGCUUACACUCAUUGAGGAUUUUCUUAUAGAUCAAAGAGUUCUUGUAUAUAGUGAUGUGGAUUCUGAUUUAUCAGUUGUUUGUAAUUCAAAAGUCGUCAUCAUUCUGGAUGGUACGGAUAUAGUCUUGUCCUCUGAAACAGCUUCGACUCACCAGUUGGUUGCUGGGGGCAUUGUAUUAGCAUCAAUAUGUGCAGCAGUUGACCACAUAGGUUUUAUAUGUGAGUCUUCAUACAACAUUUCGAGGAUGCAGAAGUUUGAUUCUUCGUUGAUGCUGACUAUUCUUCAUGUUUUUGCUCAUAUCUGUGGAUCUAAGUAUUUUAGUCUUGACAACUACAGUUUAUUAAUGACUGUGUUGAAAUCUUUAGUUAUGUUUUUUGAGAGAGCAACUUUAUCGAGUGAUUCUGCUUGCGGUCUUCCAUCUCUUACGGAGGUCCGGGCUGGAUUUCCUUCUUGUACCGAAUGCCCUUUUUCUGAGGGUGCGGUUUCCAUGGAUACUGUUGUUUCACUGCUCUUGGAAAAGCUUCAGAACUUCACCUUUUCCGGUGCCAUGCAUCAAGAUCUGAUGAAAUCAGUGAAUUCUUCAAAAUCUGAAACCGUUUCCAUCGAGGAGAAAGCCGGACAAAAUUCAGGUCAUGAAGAUGUCCAUUCUGACCUUUAUAUGAACUGCAACUUAUGCUGGUGUCUAAAUAAAUCUGGGAUGCUCACUACUCAAUCAAAUUCUGUCUUUGGUGAGACUUUGUGCCACUUGAGUGAUAUCCUGUCCCUAGUUGAGCUGGUAGCAUGCAAGAUGAGCUGGGAUUGGACAUGCAACAACAUCGUUUCUCCGCUGUUAAAAAAGUUGGAAUCAUGCAUCCCAGAAAAUUAUUUAGCUGCUAUUUUAAUUCUUCUUGGUCAUCUGGGAAGGCUUGGAGUUGAUGCUAAUGGAUAUGAUGACAUUGGAGUUGGAAACCUGAGAUCUUGGUUGUCUUCUUUUUUAUGUCAGAACUCUACAAGAAACUUUGGUCUUUCCAUCCGAAUUGCUGCCAUAACUGCUUUACUUGGGCUUCUUCCUGUCAAUUUUGAAGAGCUCAUUAAGAGUAAUAUCGAGUUUCCAGCAAUUGUCAGUAAAUCUCUUCCUGUUGAUUGUAUAAGGGAGUGGUUUUCUUUGUUGAGCAACGAGCAACAGUCCUUGUUAUUUGGCCUCCUUCAAUCUGCCGGCAUGACCAAUUGUGGAACUGGAUAGUUUACCAUGAAUCAAUUGUUGAAUGGGACACUUGGUUGUAUCUUGUCUUUUGUACUUAACAAGAAUCAGAUUAAAGUAGAAGUAUUUUUGACGAGAUUCACCAUCUUUAAGAACCAUGUAGAGGGAUAAAGAAAAAAGGAACCAAUGUGGUUUCUGGAUCCAAUGAGGAAUACAAGAGAGAGCCGAUCAAAGGCAUUUUUGUUUCACCUGUAAGUCCAUUGCAGCGAAAUUGUGAAAUUUUGAACGAAUUUGUAUGUCCAUCAUUGUGGCUUUCACUCGGUCUUUGGUAAAUGUGGUUUUUUCCUAUAGAUUA